AUGCCUUUCUCACGCUCGAUAAACAUCGUCGGCUGCCAUGCCGAAGGAGAAGUGGGUGAUGUAAUCAUUGGUGGCGUCUUGGAUGUUCCUGGGAAAACAAUGUUUGACAAGCUUGUCCAUUUCGAAACGAAGAAAGAUAGCCUGCGCCAACUUCUUCUCAACGAGCCCCGUGGCCGAGCUUCGAUGAACACAAAUCUUGUGCUUCCACCAUGCGACCCUCGCGCAGAUGCUGGUUUCUUGAUCAUGGAGAGCGAAGAAUACGCGCCAAUGUCCGGAUCCAACAUCAUCUGCACCACGACCGUGCUAUUGGAAACUGGGAUGAUUCCAAUGAAGGAGCCCGUGACUGAGGUGGCCUUGGACACUGCGGCCGGGCUGGUGACAGUCACUGCAGAAUGCAAAGCUGGAAAGUGCCAAAGCGUGGAGUUCGACAACGUCCCGUCCUUUGUUCUGGAACUCGACUAUAAAGUUAACGUUCCUGGAAUUGGCGAAGUCACUGUUGAUAUUGCAUACGGAGGGAUGAUGUAUCUUUUGGUGGACGCCGCGUCACUGGGAUUGGGGGUCUGCAAUCAACAAGCCCGCCAGUUGGUGGAGAUUGCGGAGAGAAUUAAACGUGCAACAGAAGCUGCUUACACUCCUGUGCACCCUGAAAACUCAGGGAUCAAGGGGUUUAGCGUGCUGGAGUUCACUGAGCCGUUAAAAUUAGAAGACGGUGUAAAGGUGGCUCCGAAUGCCGUGGUGGUCUCACCUGGGCGAUUCGACCGCAGCCCCUGUGGUACUGGGACGUGUGCUCGGUUAGCGGUGAUGCAUUCAAGGGGCCAGAUUCAAGAAGGAGAAGUGUUCAAGCAUCGCAGUAUUUUGGGCACUGAGUUCAGUAGCCGGAUCAGGGGGACCACGAAGGUCGGGAAGUAUUCGGCUGUUCUACCAACCGUCAAAGGUCGAGCUUGGAUUACAAGCUUCAAGCAGGUUGUCCUGGACUCAACCGAUCCUUUUCCAGAAGGAUUUCGAGUCGGUGACCAGUGGCACAUGCCACCAAACUAG